AUGGCUUCUCCGACAGUCCUUUUACCAGGCGACACCAUUCCUCCUUCUCUUCUACCCAAAUCGAAAAAAGGAACUCUCACGCUCGGCCCCCACCUCCGCCAUCUCCCCCCUUCAACCCUGCUCUCCACCACCUCGGGCACCCUUCAAAUUGACCCCAAGAAAUCCGCCCUCUGGCUCGAACACCCCAAUGGCCGCUACAUUCCCGCCGUCAACGAUCUUGUGAUCGCUCAAGUCCAUCAUGGCAGCACAGAUACUUUCCACUGCUCUCUCACACCUCACACACCGUAUGCACUACUCGGCCACUUAGCCUUCGAAGGCGCGAACAAGAAGACUCGACCGCAAUUGAAAUCGGGAGACUUGGUCUAUGCGCGAGUGGCCAAGGUGAGUAAAUGGGAAGAUACGGAAAUUGAAUGUGUCAAUUCGAAUACGGGCAAGGGAGAAGGUAUGGGGCCAUUGACUGGUGGGAUGGUGUUUGAUGUUUCCGCUGGGUUUGCGAGGAGAUUGAUGCUAGGCGCGAAGAAGGGUGGAGUGGUGAUCUUGGAUGUUGUCGGCGAGAAAGUCAAGUUUGAGGUUGCUGUAGGGAGGAACGGGAGAGUGUGGAUUGACAGUGCGAGUGUGAGAGAGACUGUCACUAUUGGGAGGUUGCUUGUAGCGGCUGAUGAGGCCGGCUGGGAUGAAGAGCGACAGAGAAAUGAAGUCAAGAGGGCAUUGAGGGAGAUUGUGGGUUAAAAGAUCUGUUAUGCUCUGGACAUUGCUAUAAGUGGUGCACCCAUGGAAGCAGUAAGAAGGUCGCGGGAGAUUCUGGUCCAGACGAACAAACGAGCGAUUAUCGAUCAAAGCUCAAAAUUCAGAAGGCAUGGUGUACCGCUCUGCGCAAGGUCAUUCGUCUCGAGUUCGACACGCUGAUUGCGGUCACGAGACUUCAGACUUGGGACACCGCUUCAUCCUAUCACCUCGAUGGUUUCUCCUGACAUUUUCGCAACGCUGGAACGAGAGCUGGUCAACGAGCUCCCUCAUGUUCAGCACAAAUUGGAAAAGAGCCUCUGGCUUUUGCACGCCAGUCUGCCGCCAAAUAGCCACCGCGGCAUAAAGCGCAUCUGGUGCCGCCAUGGCUGCACAUUCGCCGUAGUCUCUCCAACCGGGCAUAACGCAAGCUGCUCGGCGGUGGACUUCGAUCUUGAUCUUCUUAUCCGUCUUCUUGCGUCGUGUCAUUGGAAAGCGCACACUCGUAACGAAGCUCUCAUCAGGGAUAGGGUUACUCGGUGCAGCUUUGGUACUUUCGAAACCAGCUAGAGGAUCCCGGUAGCUGAAACACCAUUUCUUCACUGCGGUGAAGCACUUUCCACCUUCGUUAUGCUUGGCACUCAUCCUCUCUGCCCAUCUUUCAACGGCGAUAAGUCCUGUGACGGGUUGUCUCUUCGACGCCUGUUCAUAGUUCUGUGCGAGCAUGCGGACACCCUGGGCAGGAGCAGUGAUAUCGACUGCGAACGUAUUCUCGCCGUAGUAAAUCGGCAGGACUGCCAAUCGGAUCUCUCUGCAGACCAUCGAGAUGUCGGGUUGCUCGCGAUCGUUGACUGAAGCAGGCCACACACAGAGCCUCGAAUCAACGACAACGAGUCUGUAAACGCGGAUUUUGACUGGAGCUGGGAGGUCCAUAAAACGGAAUGUCUCAUUCUCCUCCUCCUUCGUCUCAACUCUGUUCUUUCUACGCCCUCUCUUUGCUUUGGGCCUUGUUAGGUCCAACACAACCUUUACCUCUACAUUCUUCUUUAAAGUCUCUCUGAAGCGCAAUACCUUGGUAGAAACGAAGCGAUCCGUGAAGGGGAUGUACUCGAUUCCUCCUGUUGAGUUGACCUACGGAACAAGUCAGUCAACUUGGAUGACCAUCGUGUCAGGAUUCUGUACUCCAAACCCCAGGACAACAUCAGCUGAGUACAAUCAACUUA